AUGAGUCAAGGAUACGAUGGUUACGAUGACAUGGACGAUCAGAAUCCGAUCUCUCCAGCCGCAAGUCAAAAUGGAAAAAGUGGGCCCGGUUUUGUAGGAAUCAAAUUCUGUCCAGAGUGUAAUAAUAUGCUCUAUCCUCGCGAAGACAAAGAAUCUCGAGUUUUAAUGUAUUCAUGCCGAAACUGUGAACACCGUGAAGUCGCUGCGAAUCCAUGUAUCUAUGUGAACAAGCUCGUUCAUGAGAUUGACGAGCUCACUCAAAUCGUCGCUGAUAUUAUUCACGAUCCGACUCUGCCAAAAACCGAAGAGCAUCCAUGUUCGAAGUGCGGAAAGCGAAAAGCUGUAUUCUUCCAAGCUCAAACCAAGAAAGCAGAGGAGGAAAUGAGACUGUACUACGUGUGUGCUUACUGCCAACACAGAUGGACAGAGUAA